UAUAUAUGUUGUAGUUUAGCUGUGAUAAACUUAUAUUAGUUAAGUAAAGUAGAUAUAAAGAUUUAGUCAUCUUGUAGAACAGCUUAUACAUGUACUGUUUAGAUGUAACUUUAUAUGUUUAUUUUUCAGUAACUGUAAACAGUAAAGGUAAUCCGAAACUUUCUGAAUUACUUUAGUCUCAGAUAUUGUGAUGAAGGAAGAUUCAUCAACACACAGAAGCAAGGGUCCUUCUAGUCCAACAAGAGAUAAGGAUGCUCAGAAAGAAAGCAGAAAUCGACCAAAAGCUGUCUUCUUCUGGACAAAUGCCGAUGUCAUGAAAUGGCUACGAAGGCAGUGCCAAGAAUAUCAUUCACUGUACUCUCACCUGUUCCUUGAGCAUGACAUUACAGGACGAUCACUGGUGAGGAUACGGGAUACUACCCUGGAGAGCAUGGGUAUCUCUAAUAAGGAACACAGGGAUGACCUUUGUCGAAAAAUUUUAAAAUUGAAAUUGAAAAGUGACAUCCUUGAAAUGAAGGACUUGGAAAGAAAAGUCGGAGGGACAGAUAUGUCAUCUGUUGGCACAAGUUAACGGAGAAGCUACUUGUAGUUGGUCGGUCAUCAGGUUUAACCAUCCAAUGUUUACCUUGGUGAAGCUUAACCGAAUCUUCGUCCAGUUUUAACAGUAACUUGUCUGUCACCAUUGCCGUAGGAAGCAAUUUUUGAGUGGUCAGGCCAUUACCACAACUAAACAAUUUGACACUGUGUCUGGGGGUAGUGGUCAGGCCAUUACCACAGCUAAACAAUUUGUGUCUGGGGGUAGUGGUCAGGCCAUUACCACAACUAAACAAUUUGACACUGUGUCUGGGGGUAGUGGUCAGGCCAUUACCACAGCUAAACAAUUUGACACUGUGUCUGGGGGUAGUGGUCAGGCCAUUACCACAGCUAAACAAUUUGACACUGUGUCUGGGGGUAGUGGUCAGGCCAUUACCACAACUAAACAAUUUGACACUGUGUCUGGGGGUAGUGGUCAGGCCAUUACCACAGCUAAACAAUUUGACACUGUGUCUGGGGGUAUGCCCCCAUAAAAAAACUUUUGAAAACCUAAUACUAUGAGAUUGAAUCUUGAGCCAUUUUAACUACAAAUACUGCACACACACACACACACACAACAUAAUGUACUGAAUUAAAAGAAGCAAGUUUUAAUACAGAAGCUGUAGCUGUACAUGUCAUGAAAAAUUGGUUGGACCAUGGCCUGACUGUCCUUACCGCUUCCUACAGCCCUGGAUACUUCUAUUAAGAGUACAAAAUUCAAACAGUACACUCAUUUGUCAAGUACUUUCAUUACGUACUGUCCACCUUUCACAUAGCAAUUGAUAGUUGAUGUUUAUUCUAUAUAUGCUGGUUAUAGAAGUAAACAGUUGAAAAUGUUUACAAAAUGCUUUUAAAUUGUUGUUCAAGCUCAAAGUUUGUAAUUUUGCUUGCAGUAUUUUAAAUAUGAUUUUAUUUCUUUCUAGUAAAGAAACUAUAGUUAGUGGUUCAUUAUGAAAACCAGUUUCCAAAUCAUUUAGCAGUUUUCUUACUACAGAAAUACUUAAACAUUUAAUUCUAAAUAUAAACUCGGUCUAACUUCACUUGUCCAGUUAUAAACUUUUGUGAAUUAUGCUUGAAGAUAAAUAGGUUUUAUUUUAACAGGACUGUGUGACUGAACUGAAUGUGUAACAUCCUGUUAGAUAUAUAUUGAAGUACAGCAGUCAGUAACUUUUCAUUAAAUGGGUUAAGUUUGUUAUUAUUGCAAAUUAAGGGCAAAAUAUUGAGGAUAUUUAAAAAGAUGUACAACAAACGAGUUCUUAUUGCCCAUAUACAUUGGGAAUUUUUAAACUUUGUUUACUGCUAUUAAUACUUGAGCUAUACAGAUUCUUUGAAGAACACAAACAAAAGCAAAAGCACUGAUGUUUUAAUCUUAUAGAUCUGUGAAAUUCUAUUAACCUAAAAAAAUACUUGAAUAGUUUUUAAAAGGGUACAGUGUUUUCAUUACAGACAACUUAAAUCAUUGAACUAAAGAAACCAUAUGACUGCUUGCUUCUCUAUACAUGUUUGUCAUAUGACAUUGAUGAUACCAUUUUGAGUUUUGAAUCUAUGUGUGUUUAUAGAAUAUGUUCUGUACAUGUGUGUCAUAUGACAUUGGUGAUACUGUUUCAUGUUUUGACUGAAUGUGUGUGGUCAUGUGUACUGUACAUGCUUGGCAUAUGACAUUGGUGAUACUGUUUCAUGUUCUGACUGAAUGCGUGUCAUAUGACAUUGAUGCUACUGUUUCAUGUUCUGACUGAAUGCGUGUCAUAUGACAUUGGUGAUACUGUUUCAUGUUCUGACUGAAUGCCUGUCAUAUGACAUUGGUGAUACUGUUUCAUGUUCUGCUGAAUGCGUGUCAUAUGACAUUGAUGCUGAUGUUUCAUGUUCUGACUGAAUGCGUGUCAUAUGACAUUAGUGAUACUGUUUCAUGUUCUGACUGAAUACGUGUCAUAUGACAUUAGUGAUACUGUUUCAUGUUCUGACUGAAUGCGUGUCAUGACAUUGGUGAUACUGUUUCAUGUUCUGACUGAAUGCGUGUCAUAUGACAUUGAUGCUACAGUUUAUUGUUCUGACUGAAUGCGUGUCAUAUGACAUUGAUGCUACUGUUUCAUAUUCUGACUGAAUGCGUGUCAUAUGACAUUGAUGCUACUGUUUCAUGUUCUGACUGAAUGCGUGUCAUAUGACAUUGAUGCUACUGUUUCAUGUUCUGACUGAAUGCGUGUCAUAUGACAUUGAUGCUACUGUUUCAUGUUCUGACUGAAUGCGUGUCAUAUGACAUUGAUGCUACUAUUCAUCCAGGGCCAGCGGUAGAUCGUUUGCUGCCCCGGUGAAAAAAAAAUUUGCCACUCCCAACCUCCCCUUCUUCAAAUGUAGAUACGAAUGAAUGAGGAGGUUUCUGUUACUAGGGUCGUUUUUUCCAUUAAGGUUUUUUGUCAAAUCCUCCGGGAAGUUCAAUGUUUAUGAACAAUGGCAAUGGUUCUGUGUCUUAGAAAAGCCUUACAAGCACAGGCAAUCCUUGUGGUGAGAAAUCAUGGUAUUUGUAUUGCAUACAACGAUUUAAAUGAUGGAAAGGUUUCAUUAAAAGACUGCACUUUCUUAAAGCAAUAACAUUUAUUUUCUACAAUAUCAAAAGUAUGUUAUCUUAUCAUCCACAGAUAACCUAAAAGAAUUGCACCUUUCUAGCUUUCAAACCAGCACAAUUUGCUAAAAUAUUUUACAAAUCAAUUUUCUUGCAAAUUUUGCUUUCAAUGGAUAUUAGAGCCAAAUUAGAAGUGUUUGUUGUCUCAUUGAUGAUCUAAAAUUUUUGAUUAGUUUUAAUUUUGAGAACGACCUCUCUCCACUAGCAACUGUCACGGGGAGCGUUAAUAAAAUCCGUAAGGUUUGGAAAUGUUCUCGUAAAUGUACUGCAAGACAUCUUUCGGUGAAGUUUCCAUUUUAAAAAAAAACUCGCAAUGAUACUAAGUUCCAUAGCUCUUAUGUCCUUUGGGCAGUUUUCAUCAGUUUUGUCAGAUAGUUUUAAAUGUUUCAAAAGCUCCAAUUUACUCAGUUCUGUCGUUUUCUUAAAAUCAUACAAAAAACUGAAUGCUUCAUUGUGAUUUUGAAGCAAGUGAAAUAUUUCUUCGAUUGAUCUAACAGCUGUGUCAAUGAUAACAUUAAAAAAAUCUAUGCGGAAAUUAUCUUUAGUGUCGGUCGUAGUAUCAUCUUCGUGUUCGUAGUCAAACAUUCUUUUCUUUUUUCUCCUGUGAAACUGUUCAGAAGGAAAGUGUGGCUCUACAUCAUAUGAUUUAAAUUUCACAUGCAGUAUGUAUCAUUUCUUCAAAUUCAUUUUGAUAGUCUGUGAGACUUUUUAAGGAGGUCUAAAUGUUCAAUGCAUGAUGAUAAAUCUGUGUUUGGAUUUUGCAUGAUUUUGGAAACAACAUUUACUCUUGAUAACACUUCAUACCAUAUAAUGAUGAAACAUAUAAACUUAAAAGAUUCCAAUUUCUCCAACUAACACUUGGCCUCAUGCUUGGAAGGUAGUUCACUUUUUUGUCAUCGAUUAUGUCACAAACUUUGGAUAAACAGAAUCGUAAAGGUUUACUGCUUCAACUAGACUUUCCAUUGAGUAUUUGAAACUGCUUUCAGGGUUAACUGAGACACAUUAUUGGUUAAAUGUUCCUACCUCUUAGUCGAGGAAGAGACAUAUGUGAACAGACACUGAAUUACAGAAAAUAAAUCAACUAUCUCAUAGUUUACUUUUGUGGCAUCAUUAACUACCAAAUUGAGAGUGUGAGCAGAGCAAGGAACAUAAAAAGUUCGAGAAUGUUUGUUUAGAAUAUUGGCCUGCAAACCAUUAUUUUUCCCUCUCAUAUUAGUGCCAUUUUCAUAAUCCUGCCCGUGCAUAUUUUCAAUUUUUAAAUUGUUGUCCACUAAAUAAUCAGUGAUAAGAGUAGUCAGGCCAACACCCGUUGUAUCGAGAAUGUUACAAAUGCCCAGAAAAUGCUCUUUUAUCUCGACUUUAUUUUUUACAUUAUUGAACAUAACAAAUCUAACGACCACUGUUAUUUGUCCUGAUGAUUGGAGUCCGGUGUGCAGUCUAAAAUCAAUGAAUAAUACUUACUGCCUUCUAUUACUUUUAUAAUGACAGAUUUAAUCUCACAUUUUGAAUUUGGUGCCCCAAGUAAUGUGGACUAUUUUUUUCGUCUCUUCGAAAUCUUUGGACGUAUUCAGCAAUAAAAGGAUCGAACUGGGCCAGAAUUUUGAUUAAUUUUAAAAAAUUGCCAUUAUUUUUUUUAAAAAGCUUAUCGCUGUUACUUCUGAAAGCCCAAUUUUUUGUGAUAAAAAAUUUUACACUUUGCACUAUUCUCGAAAGAACCUCCUGCCAACGCAUCUUUUCUUGGUUUAUCAGUUGUUCCAUGUGAGCAUCAACAGUCUGCCCUUUGGUUAAACUUCUCUUCAAAUCUAUAGACUUACAAACAGAUUCAAUAUGAUGGUGACUUUUUUUCAUGAUUACAUAAAUGUUUAGAUAAAUGCUGCCAGUCAGAAAACCCUUCAUGUGCCAAAAAACAGUUACCUUUUGUGAAAACUUUGCAGGGAAAACAAAAAACGCAAUUCUUGGAGGCAGAAUAUACAAGCUAAUCCCUAGGAAUUACCUCUUCCUGCGGUAGUUUGUGUCUGAAAAACUUUUGCCCGAAUUGUCUUUUGGAUAAAUCAUAUUGCGGAACUCUUUGAAACAGGCCCUGUUUCAAUCAAACAUGUCCUCAUUUUUUCACUUAAUGUAUCGGGCCAUUUCGCUGGAUCACACAAUUCGGUCAUAGUGAGCACACCACUAACUUCUCUAGAAGCAUCGGAAGUUGUAGUAUCUGUUGGCAAAACCCCUUCAGGAGGUUUCCUCCAAUUUUUUUCAGUUGACGAACCUGCCUCUUUGACUGCAGAAAA